GCUUGUGGCAAUACCUGAAUACCAUUGGUCCGAUUCUUAUUAGUAAUCUUACCGUAAAAUAUUACUGUUUGAUAUCACUUCUCCAUUUUCGCACAUCAAAGAAUGGCGAUUAUUUUUAAUCUUGCUUGAGUUUUGGUGACAACUAAUGAAAAUUUUCCAACCCAAAAGUCAAAAGUCAAAAUGUUUGCUCUCUGUUCUUUUUGUGCGGAAGAGGAAGGAGAAAGAGUGAAAACGAAAUGAUAAUAUCAUGGUUUUAAGAUGUAUUAAGUUAUAUAUUCUUUAAUUGAAAGAAAGAAAUAUCUGUUGAUGGAAAUAAAUAAAAAUGAUGGGCACGAAUUUGUUUCAACGUGCAAAGAAAUAUUCCCUCGUAUUAAAAAAAAAAUAAUAAAAAAAUACAAUGGUGUGUGUGUCCAUGUUUAAACCAGCAUUAGCCACUGUCCCUCCAUUUAUUUAUGAUGGCCCCGUAGAAUCAGAGAACAAGGGGAGGAGAAGAGCAGAAAGUGCAUUCAAAUUCGGGAGAUUGUGAGAGGUCUUCAUAAAGACCUUCUUCGUUGAUCCUCUUGCUCGCUCAUUCUGCAAAAUAUAUCAUUAAAAACAAAAAGAGAGAUGAGGGAGUGCAUUUCCAUUCACAUUGGCCAGGCCGGUAUUCAGGUUGGCAAUGCUUGCUGGGAACUUUAUUGCCUCGAACAUGGCAUUCAGCCGGACGGCCAGAUGCCAGGUGACAAGACUUUAGGAGGAGGUGAUGAUGCCUUCAAUACAUUUUUCAGCGAAACCGGAUCAGGGAAGCACGUUCCUCGUGCUGUUUUUGUUGAUCUUGAGCCCACUGUUAUUGAUGAAGUGAGAACUGGAGCAUAUCGCCAGCUAUUUCACCCUGAACAAUUGAUCAGUGGCAAAGAAGAUGCUGCAAACAACUUCGCACGAGGCCAUUAUACAAUUGGAAGGGAGAUAGUUGAUCUUUGCUUGGAUCGGGUCAGAAAGCUCGCAGACAACUGCACUGGUCUGCAGGGCUUUUUGGUUUUUAAUGCCGUUGGUGGAGGCACUGGUUCUGGCUUAGGUUCACUUCUGUUAGAACGUUUGUCAGUGGACUAUGGUAAAAAAUCCAAGCUUGGGUUCACUGUGUACCCCUCUCCUCAGGUUUCAACCUCUGUUGUGGAGCCAUACAAUAGUGUGCUGUCAACCCACUCCCUCCUGGAACACACAGAUGUUGCUGUCUUGCUUGAUAAUGAAGCAAUUUAUGACAUCUGUCGCCGCUCCCUUGACAUUGAACGCCCCACCUACACCAACUUGAACCGAUUGGUGUCACAGGUGAUCUCAUCUCUGACUGCUUCUCUGAGGUUUGAUGGAGCCUUGAAUGUUGAUGUGAAUGAAUUUCAGACUAACCUGGUCCCAUACCCAAGGAUCCACUUCAUGCUUUCGUCUUAUGCCCCAGUUAUAUCAGCUGAGAAGGCUCACCACGAACAACAUUCUGUGGCAGAAAUCACCACUACUGCUUUUGAACCAGCUUCUAUGAUGGCCAGGUGUGAUCCUCGUCGUGGCAAGUACAUGGCGUGCUGCCUAAUGUAUCGAGGAGAUGUGGUGCCCAAGGACGUGAAUGCUGCUGUAUCCAUUAUCAAAACCAAGCGUAGCAUUCAAUUUGUUGAUUGGUGUCCAACGGGCUUUAAAUGUGGUAUCAAUUACCAGACUCCAACUGUUGUUCCAGGAGGCGAUUUGGCCAGGGUACAAAGAGCAGUGUGUAUGAUAUCCAAUUCUACUAGUGUUGCUGAGGUUUUCUCCAGGAUUGACCACAAAUUUGAUCUAAUGUAUGCGAAAAGAGCCUUUGUUCAUUGGUAUGUUGGUGAAGGCAUGGAGGAAGGUGAAUUUUCUGAAGCCCGUGAGGAUUUAGCUGCACUUGAGAAAGAUUAUGAGGAGGUUGGUGCUGAAUAUGGGCAGGGUGAAGAGGGUAGUGAAGGAGAAGAAUACUAAUGAGUGGGAGUGUGAUGGAUCAUUAGAUGUUUUUUUAUCACCUUUUCUUGAUUUCAGUAUAUGUUUAUUUAGUACUGAUACAAUAUUUGUAAAAAGAGAUCUCCACUUUAUACAUGUACCACUGCUUAAUUUGGUUAUGUGAUAAAUAUACAAUUUUUCAUUGGAUAAUAAUAUAUGAAUUUUUUUGUAAGACAAA